ACUCAUAACGGGCAGGUCUGCAGCACAUGGGGUAACUACCACUACAAAACCUACGAUGGAGACCUCUUCCAGCUGCCCUACACCUGUAACUACGUGCUGUCGUCAUUGUGUAAGAGCAGCAGCGGCUACGAGGCCUUUAACAUUCAGCUGCAGCGCGGGGAGGUAGAUGGGCUGCCCACCAUCACCAAGGUUUCUUUGAAGCUGGAUGGAACCUUCGUGGAGCUGGCCAACGGUAACGUCAGCGUCAAUGGAUUACAGGUCACCAUACCGUUUGGUCAGUUUAACGUCUUCAUUGAGAGGACCGUUUCCUAUGUGAAGAUCACAGCCAAGCUGGGGUUAGUCAUCAUGUGGAAUGAAGAUGAUUCCCUCUGGGUGGAGCUGGACUCAAAGUUCCAGAAUCAGACAUGUGGGCUGUGUGGAGACUUCAACGGAGUCCAGAACGAGUUCAAUAGGAAUGAUGAUUAUCUGAAGACAAUCGACUAUGCCGAUAUUUGGAAGAUGAAUGGCCCAACAGAGACCUGUACAGAAAUCCCUGUUCACACUGAGCAGUGUGAAGACCAGACCAAACUUUGUGAGCAGCUUCUCACCAGUCUUGCCUUCAGUAGCUGUAAGGACCUGAUUGCCACAGACUCCUUCAUCAAGGCCUGUGCAGAAGACAUGUGUCACUGUGGCAACAGCAGCAGCAGUGUCACCUGCGCCUGUCCCACCAUGUCAGAGUACUCCCGCCAGUGUGCUCACGCAGGGGGGAAACCCCAGGAGUGGAAGACCGACCAGUUCUGCUUGGAGACGUGUCCUUUAAGCAUGCAGUACCAGGAGUGUGGUAGUCCCUGCACUGAUACCUGCUCCAACCCAAAGAGGAACCAGCAUUGUGAGGAACACUGCACCGACGGAUGCUUCUGCCCUGCUGGAACCGUGUUUGAUGACAUCACUCAGACUGGCUGUGUAGCUGUGAACCAGUGCUCUUGUCUCCACAAUGGACAAUCUUACCAGCCUGGACAAUCAUUCUCAAGAACAUGCCAUAAAUGUACCUGUAUCCAAGGCCAGUGGAGUUGUAUGGAUCUAGAUUGCCCUGCUACCUGCUCCAUAGUGGGAGGUUCCCACAUCACCACCUACGAUGGGAAAGCCUACACCUUCCAUGGAGACUGCUCAUAUGUCCUGUCCAAGCAAACCAACGAGACUGCUUUCACAGUCCUGGGUGACAUAGUGAAAUGUGGGAAGACGGACAUUGAGACCUGCCUAAGAUCUGUAACCCUGGUGACUCCAGAGUCCACGAUGAUCGUCAUCGAGGCCAGUGGAAGGGUCUUUGUCAACAAGAUGUUUUCUCAGAUGCCGCUUUUCAUGGCGGAUGUAAAGGUCUUUCAGCCCUCUACAUUCUACAUCGUUGUGCAUACCUCUUAUGGGCUCCGUCUAGAGGUCCAGCUAACACCUAUAAUGCAGGUCUACAUCGUAGCUAGCAGUUCACACAAAGAAAAAACCCAGGGUCUUUGCGGAGACUUUAACGGUGUCCAAGCUGACGACUUCAGAACCAUCAAUGGACUGGUGGAAGGAACCGCUGUGACUUUCGCCGACACGUGGAAGACCAAAGCAAGCUGUCCUGAUGCGGCACAGAACUUUGAGAUCCCAUGCAGUCUGAGUGUAGAGAACGAGAGAUAUGCCAAGCACUGGUGCUCAAUGCUGUCAGAUAGUGAAGGAAUAUUUUCCCAAUGCCACACUGAGAUCAACCCAAAUUACUACAAGGAAAUCUGCCUAUAUGACAGUUGUAACUGUGAGAGGAGUGAGGAGUGCAUGUGUGCUGCGGUCUCCUCCUACGUCCAUGCAUGUGCUGCUGCAGGCGUCCUGCUCAGUGGAUGGAGAAACACCACCUGUGGGAAGUACUCCUCUAGCUGCCCUGACACGAUGGUCUAUGACUACACCAUGACCAGCUGUGACCGUACCUGUCGUUCACUGAGCCAGACAGACUUCACCUGCCAGUUAGACCAUGUGUCUGUGGAUGGCUGUGGCUGUGCCGAGGGAACCUACCUGAAUGACCAGGGAGAGUGUGUCCCUGCCUCACGCUGCUCCUGCUACAAUGGAGGCACAGUAGUACCCCCUGGAGAGGUCACCAGGAUCUAUGGGGCUACAUGCUCUUGCAGACAAGGGAAAUUAAGCUGUACUGGAGAACAACAACAUUUAUCCUGUGAAGAACCAAUGGGUUUCUUCAACUGUUCUAGUGCAGGGCCCGGAGCCAAGGGCUCAGAGUGCCAGAAGAGCUGUCAAACACUAGACAGUCACUGUAUCAGUGCAGAGUGUGUGUCAGGCUGUGUAUGUCCUGAUGGUCUGCUGUCUGAUGGAAACGGAGGAUGCAUCAAGGAAGACCUAUGUCCCUGUUCUCACAAUGGAGUCUACUACCAACCUGGACAUGUGCUCAAAGUAGACUGCAAUACCUGAACAAUGAGAUCAGACUAGCAGAUGAAUCUGUAAAAGUGAUCAAACAAGAGAACGGGGUUGACG